UUUCCUCCCACAGAAUCAUAUAAAAGCUGCCAAUCCUCUCAUUUCGGCUAGCUCUGCUCCGUCAAAAGCACAUAACCCUAGCUGUGCCACACCUCUUUCUUUGCUUCCAGAGAUGGCAAAGUCGAAGAAUCACACAGCUCACAACCAGUCCUACAAGGCCCACAAGAAUGGCAUCAAGAAACCCCGCAAGCACCGCCACAUCUCCACCAAAGGGAUGGAUCCAAAGUUUCUGAGGAACCAGAGGUAUGCCAGGAAGCACAACAACAAGAGUGCUGAGGGUGCUAGCGAGGAAGAGUAGAUGAAUGGACAGACAAAAAAGACAGUCAGAAAUGGAAAUCGUUUUUUCUUUUGUUUUAAGAUCUAUGGUUUUGCCUUUAUGUUUUAGAUAGGGAUUUGAUGGUACUCUAAUGGGGUUUUGUUUAAUUCCUAGUAGGGGCUGCACUCUUCAUGCCUUGUUACUUAUGUUUGUUUAAGGAUACUUUUUAAGUUUUAAUUGAGAAUUUGGAGCCUAUGCCUUACUGUCUUA